GGCAUGGUUGCAAGGUCAUAGAUGUUUAGUGUACUACUGUCAGACAGUGAAAUUGAUCCUUUGAAGAACAACCUCUUUGGUGCUAACGUUUUUGCAUUCUGAAAUGGAUUUAGUUCCACCCUUGGCGUCAGUACAUGCCUGUAGCGUUCAGCCACUGGAUGACUACGAAUCCCCAAGAGCACCACUUCGUCGACAAGUAUCCUUGGAUGAAGAGCGUCCGGAUGACUGCCAGGGUCACUGGCGAGGAAAUUACAUCCAGGGAGAUGACCAGGAACGGGGUGUGAGGUUGUUUAGAGCUUUGUUGCUGCAGCAUUUGAGGCUCGAGGAGCUGAGGCCCCCGCCCUGCAUGAUGGUGCCGGCAAAACCUGAUCACAGAGGUUGGUGGAUGUACUGGCGAGACUGGAGGUCGCUUGAACGAGCGGCGAAGAGAUUCAGAGAGACCAAGGCACGGGCUAUCUUGGCCGCGAGAGCUGAACACAUACCCUUGCUAAGCUUAGAUGAAGUUGCGUUUGAGGAUAUCAUGCAGGAACUCUGCCAGGCGUGUUCGCACGUGGAGAACAGAGCGCUGGUGGUACUGGCGUUUCUCUGCGAGGUGUGCGCGCGCGCAGUCAAGGUGGGGGGUUGGUGCCGCGCGGCGGAUUGGGCGGCGAGGCACGUCGCUCAGUGUGCCACACCCUGGGCAAAUCGACAUGGAGGAUGGAGCGCAGUUGUAGAACGUGCUGGUGGAACUCGUAGAGAUGAUACAACUCUUAUCGCUGGCGCAGCAUUUGCAGCUCUAUUGGCAUUCAUAUUGUUCUGUCGUCAUCGGUUCCGCUAUUCAGUACUUUAAAUAACCUCUUUGGUUAUCUUGGAUUUAUUAACCCGUUGUACGAUGGUGUACUAUUACUUGGAGAAAGUUCGAGAGAAGAUUGGAAAAGGUGUGAGAAGGUUCUGACGUGUGUCGUAUCCUUUUGAAUGUAUAAAAGGUUUAAAUGAUGAAGUUAAAUGGAUUAUAAUGUGUUUGUCUUUCAAUGUUUACUAGUAAAAGAUAUUUGUAUAUUUAGCUUUUGAUGUUGAACGUGUAUU